CUCUGCUGAUUUCUGCGCUUUACGCCUGCUACUUAACCUUUCAUUUUGGGUUUGUGAAAAUGCAGUGAGACAGCAGGUGGCUUUCAGACAAGCCCGCUUAUCCACGUUAACCUGGAAAGCCUGACAUACGUGGCAUAAAAACACCUGUGGGUUUCUCACCUGUCGGAGGUCAUGUGACUAUUGGGAAGGGUAGAGAGCUGGAAACAUCAGAGCAGCCUUCCAAUUGACAGCGUGAACUCCCGACAGGAUGGCUCUUAGGUGUCCAUGGGUCUGGCCUAUUCUCCUUUUACUUCCUGCACUUGCGAGAAGCAAAGACCAAGGUUCAUCCAGAUAUCCAGUAAAAAUAGCCAACACUGAGGAGUUGCGCCAGUUCCUUGAAGACUCUGAGUUGGCAGUCAUUGGAUUUUUUAAGGAUGCUAAUGCCACUGGCACUGACGUGUUCAUGAAGGUAGCCUCAGAAUUGCCAGACUUGCCCUUUGCACUGUGCAGUGAAUCCGAUGUGUGGGAAAGGUACAACAUAAACGUCAGCACUGUUUCUAUUUUCAGAAAGGUGGACGACAAGCAUGAAGCUCUGGAGCUGCAUGAUGGGAGGACAGUGGAUGCAGAGGGGCUUCUGAGAUUUAUCAAGAUAAAUGAACUGUAUUACCUAACAGAGUAUAAUGCAGUGACUGCCAUUGGUAUCUUUAAGUCAGAAGUGGUCAAUCACUUACUGUUGCUGGCUGACAAGAAAUCACCUGACUUUGCUCAUCUGAAAAAGAGAUUUCGAGAUACUGCUCCUGACUAUCAAGGCCGGGUCUUGUUCAUUCUGGUUGAUGCUACCCUCACUUCAAAUGCUCAAGUCCUGUCAUACUUUGGCCUGCAAUCAAAAGAUUUACCAGCAGUAGGUCUUUACAACACCAUAAAAGAUAAGAAGUGGCUGAUGCCUGCCGGAGAGAUCAACAGAGAACGUGUGCAGGAAUUCUGCAACAAAGUCCUUGCCGAAUUAGAUGAAGCCUCUGAGAAAGACGAAACAGAAUCAAAAACAGAGCUUUAGAUGCAUUUGCCAUUUUAAAGGAUCGUGUCAUUUUUCUAAUGUUGAUUUCAGUAAUGUGUGUUUGCGUCUUUUAUAUACAAAAACAUGUUUAAUUGCUAAUUGCAGAAAAAUGAAAAAUGAUGUCUGACUAGAGGCAAAUAAUAAAUGUUUUGCUCAUAAUUACAUGA